AUGUGCGGAGUCAAAUUAUCGACUCCAGUUCCUAUCGUAUUGGGCGAGUCUGAAGGCUGUGACGAUAUUACCAACAUCCACAGUGACUGCGUUCCAGAUGAUGUUUGCGGAAGGCACAAACUAUUUCCCCUGCUGGAUGAUUGUCGGUUCUCCCAUAUGUUACGGAAAUGCCUUCGUUACGAAGUUCGUCACGCCAGAACAUCCAGAGAAACCGAAUACGCCAAGAGCGGAAUUGCGAUCUCCGACGUGCAUGGAUCGAGCGUUGAACCACUGCAGCGGCGCCCAGCAAAAAACUGGCAGAUCCGAACCUUGGCGCCAGGAAGCUUAGUAAUGGGGUAUUUAAACCGAGCCGGACACCAGGACAUCCACCGAAAACUUCCGACAAUGUUCUUUAGGCCGCAACGUUGA